AUGGCUCCCAAACCACCAUCUACGGCCGGCGCUGGCGCUCCCGCCGCGGAAGAGGAGGAGGAUGACUACAUGAACAUGACAUUCGAGGAGCCCCAACCAUCGUCGAAAAGGGAAACGCUCACACAGAAGAAAAAGCGACUGGCGCGCGAGGCCGAGAUCAAAGGACGACCGAAGUCCAAGACAGAAUUGGCCGAAGAGGAACGGAAAAAGAGAGAGGCGGCAUUGAACUCGACGGCCAUCGAUACAAGCAACAAAGGGUUUAAAAUGAUGGCGGCGCUAGGGUACAAGCCCGGCAGCGCGCUUGGGGUAUCACGAGAUAACAACGACAAUGACGACCGACUCCUCGAGCCCAUCGGGUUGGAAAUGAGGGAGACGCGCAGCGGGAUAGGCGCCGAUGCCGAGAAGAAGCGCAAGUUCCGUGAGGAGGUGGAAGCACAGCAGGAGGUUGAUAAGAAGAGAAAAAUCGAGGCUGGAGAGUUUCGCGAAAGGCAGCAGAAAGAACGCGAGGAGAAGAAAAUGGAAGGCCAGGUUUGGGGGGCCAUGAAAGUCUGUGAGAGGCUGGAAGAGGAGGAAGAGGCAGCUGCAGCCAGUUCGGAGGAUUCAGCUGCUGAUACAGAUCUGAAGAAGAACAACAGCACGAGACCGUUGAAGAGUGUCAAUGUGUUGUGGCGGGGGCUGGUCAAGCAGAGGGCAAUUAAUGAGCGCGACCGGCGUAUGAGAUACGAUUUACAUCAGUCGCUGUCGAGGCGUCCUGACUAUGACGAUCCAGAUGAAGACAAUGAGGACAAAAUCGCCCUGGGGAGAAAAGCGCAAACUGAAGAGGUCGACCUGGACUUGGAUGAGGAUGAUCCUGAGCUGGAUGAGUUUGAAACACUCGAGGUCUCAGAGAAGUUGACUAGGUUGGUGGUUUAUCUGAGAGAACGGUGGAAUUACUGCUUCUGGUGCAAGUAUAAGUAUCCGGAUAAAGAGAUGGAAGGAUGCCCAGGCUUGACGGAGGAAGAUCACGACUGA